AACCAAAAUAAACACAAUCCCCGCUCAUCCUGUUCGCCCCCGCGCUGACUUUUAACACAAAUUUUAACGAUUCUCUCUUAAACGCUCGCGUCGCGUCCAAAUCCCGCGCUGACCAACGAUUGUCGUUUCUUUUGCCGAUUCUCAACGGAAGGUCAGUUGUUGUUAUUGGGGCAGCAGUAGCAGCAGCCAGCUAGCUAAGUAGCCACCCGCAACGUCUUUCUCGUGUCAAGCCUGCUAACACAACACAAGCUCGGCCACCGUAGUUACCAUCCCCGAGCUACGACGCGCAAACUCCCUGCCACAAUUCCACGCGUGUUCUUAACGUUCACACCACCUCGAAGCCAAUAUCCCGGCCGCAAUGCUAACCCGGCGAUCCCCAUUGGCACCAACGUUAUUACGCUGCCUUUGUUAUACAGAGGUCGCUAUAACGUAAUUGUGCUUAUGACAGUCUCGUGUGACUUUACAAGAAACGUGAUGGACGUCCAGUUAAAAGCUGCUGGACAAAGAUGGGCAACCUACGGCUCGUGGGCCUCGGAAGAGAGCUGAAAACAAAUACCACACCCAGGGGAGCUGUUAUUAAAGCCCCUCCAAAUAGUCAGUGUGGCUCCCAUUACAUCAGGGGCCCGCCCUUGGGAGUGUUGCCGAGGACUAGAUCCCAGUCCCCCAUGCGUCCUGAAUGCCUGUGGACGGUGCACUGUGCGCGCUGGUGUGUCUCUGCGCGCUGUUCUGUCUGUACUUGGUGUGGGCGCUGCGGGGUCUGCUGGCCGCUCACCGGCCCUUUGCCCUGUUGCCCGGCCAGCACAAGUUGAAGUCGUCGCAGAGGGACAAGGUGCGGCAGUUCAUGUCCUUCACGCAAGCGGGUGAGAAGACAGCUGUCUACUGCCUCACGCAGAAUGACUGGAAGCUGGAGGUGGCCACGGACAAUUACUUCCAGAACCCCGACCUCUACUGCAAGGAGUCCAUGAAGUCGUCCGUUGACCGCAAGAAGCUGGAGCAACUCUUCAACCGCUACAAAGAUCCUCAGGAUGAGAACAAGAUCGGCAUCGAGGGCAUCCAGCAGUUUUGCGACGACUUGGUGUUGGAUCCGGCCAGCAUCAGCGUUCUGGUGGUGGCGUGGAAGUUUCGUGCCGCCACCCAGUGCGAGUUCUCCAAGAAGGAGUUCCUGGAUGGCAUGACAGAGCUCGGGUGCGACAGCCCCGACAAGCUCAAGGCCCUUUUGCCAAGACUGGAGCAGGAGCUGAAAGACAGCGACAAGUUCAAGGACUUCUACCAGUUUACCUUCAACUUUGCCAAAAAUCCUGGACAGAAGGGUUUAGACUUGGAGAUGGCUGUAGCUUACUGGAAUUUGGUUCUGCUAGGAAGAUUUAAGUUCCUCGACCUUUGGAAUAGAUUUCUUUUGGAGCAUCAUAAACGCUCUAUCCCAAAAGACACUUGGAACUUGCUGUUGGACUUUGGUAACAUGAUCUCGGAUGAUUUGUCCAACUACGACGAGGAGGGAGCUUGGCCAGUGCUUAUAGACGAUUUUGUGGAAUUCGCCCGACCCAUCGUAACAGGAACAAAACGUAAAACUCUCUAAAAGACAAAGAACGGGGAAGGAGAAUAUUUCUUCAUAGGUUUUCUUUUUGAAGGAGGAGGAUUAGUUUUUUUUUUUUUUUUUCAUUUAAACAAUGGUGGCCAACAGCAGCACUUGGAGGAAAGUGCAGAGGGAAGGACAUUGCCGGAAUGAUCCGUGCUCCUCGUGAUCCUCGGAAUCUUGCGAGUGCACUCCGCUCCAGGACGGACACUGACGCAGCGCCGAGACGAGCGUAAAUGGACCGGAAAAGAAAAGACAAAGGAGUGCUCAUGACACCAGCACCACAAAUUGACCGUACAUACUGUAUUUACAAAAGAGAAUUAUAUGAAGAAUAAUAUAAUUGUGAUCCUGUUUAUAAAUCAUUCUUUUAUGUACACUUCAAAGAUGUCUCAUGGAUUUGAUAUGAUCUGUCCGUGCAAUGCGUCGCCUUCAAGCUGCGAUCGGCGGCGUCUCCGUUGGGACUUGAUGUGAUCUGUCCACACAAACAAAAAAACACAGAUUUGCUUUCUUUUAAAUUCCUUUCACCAAGGAAAGUUUUGUAGUAACCACUUGGAAAGUUUGCAAUAGGGAUGGGCUUUCAGAAAUGAUUAACCAUCUCUUGAAUUGAUUUGUUGAUUCACUCUAGUUUGCAGUUACAAACAUUCAAGAUGAAUCGAAUAAUUGAACCCGAGGCAUUGUUACUUGUUGGGGAGCGCUGCAGCAGUUUUGAGUUAUUCUGAAGCUACACCGCUAAAUAAAUAAUAAACCAGCCUUACUAUUACAAUUGAUAUCUUUCUGUUCAAUAGUGUUACAGGUAGAGACAUGAACAUUCAUGUAAGUACAGUAUAUUGUUCCAUUUCAAGAUCAAUAAAAGCAUGAGUUUUUUUC